UGAUUGGCCCGUCACAUGACCGCACUCUCUGGGGCUUUGUUUAUAGUUUGCUGCGUUCUGUUCCCGAGUGAACGUCUUAUUAUGCGUCUACUACACUAUUGCCUGUGUGUCUCUGUGAAGAGACCAAAUACAGGAAGUGUGGGUGGACAAGCAGGGCUCUGUGCCCUGAGGACAAGCAGGUGUGGUGGCCCAGUACAGGAGUUGCACCCCUUUACCCUUGCUGUCCCGUUAGGCAGCCUCCAUAUAUAUUCUAGUUCUGGAGAGCUGACCCAGAGCGCAGAUGAUGAUUGUUUACUGGAUGCCCCUCUCCUGCCGUCACAGAAACUGCAGGCGGAAAUCCGGCCAACGUUCCACCCCGUCCCUACUGUCAGUGUUGGCAUUCUCCUUCUGCUAAUACAGGUGGCGUUUGUAGCUCUUACGUGUGUAGCUGUGUUUUUCUGUGUAUUUAAUGGAGAAGAAGUCAUAUGCCAGCAGUACAUGGCACCAUUUAGUCUGAUUACUGCUGUGGUCAUUUCCAAAGUCCUUUUAUGGUUGCUUCAUGUGGUCAAUGAGCGUUUCAUUCAGUACCAGCACUCCAAAGUGAGGAGCCAAGGCUAUCUUAACCUUUACCGCUCAACAAGGCGCCUCAAGACACUUCCACUGGUUACUCACUCUACAGGCAAUGCGGCUGUACUUCUGAUAAUCUCUGCCACGGAUUCCUUUGGUUACAGUAAUCUUUAUCUCUAUCUCAUCCUGAGUGUCCUUAUACUGGAGUUGAUCCUAUCUGUGAUAUUCGUCCUAAUGUACACAGUACGAAUGUACAAGUUCAAUAGAAGUAUGCCUCGGCCAGACAUAAUUGAAGAAGAACAGAUACAUGCAUUUCAAAGUCACAUCAACCCAGGAAUUGGAUUCAGGGAAAGAGAGAGCCUGGAAGAUGUGAUUGAAAAGCAAGGCGAUACAAUAGAAUAUCUGCAGCGUCAUAACGCAGUGCUAAGUAAACAGAUUCUGACCCUUACAACACAGCAGACAUAGCCACAAUGUGAUAUCAUGGAAAAACUAGGAACGUGACACCGAUGAAGACCGAUGUCCUUAAUUACAAAUUGGUGGAUUAUUGACCAUCAUAAAGUUGACUUUUAACACUUAUCACAACCCAUCUUUCAGUCUUCAGGUCUACAACUCAAUCCCUUGGAAUGCUUCCUGACCUCUGCUUUCUCUUACUUAUCCAGAAUUCUUAGCUUUAUGUGGUUAUUUUGCUUUUAGGGUACCGUAUUUUUCGCCGUAUAAGACGCUCCGGCAUAUAAGACGCACCCAAUUUUAAAGGGUGAAAAUCUAGAAAAAAAAGAUUCUGAACCUUCGACCUGCGGACCUCCAGAUGUUGCAAAACUACAUGCCAGGAGUUGUAGUUUUGCAACAUCUGGAGGUCCGCAGGUUGAAGACCACUGGUAUAGGAGGUAGUACUCACGUGUCCCCUCCGCUCCGGACCAGUCACCGCUGCCCUGGAUGUUGCUGCAUCGCUGUCGCCGCGUCCCCGGGGUGUCCCCGUCGCUCCAGAACGUCUCUGCUGCCGGGUAUCCUCGCUCUCCGUCGCCGCCAUCACGUCGCUACGCACGCCGCUCCUAUUGGAUGACGGGACGGCGUGCGCGACGACGUGAUGACGACGAAGGAGAGCGCCGGCCAUGCAGGGGAUCCUGGCACGGAGCAGACACCGAGGAGGCAGGUAAGGUCCCUCCCGGUGUCCUGUAAGCUGUUCGGGAUGCCGCGAUUUCACCACUGCGGUCCCGAACAGCCCGACUGAACAGCCGGGUUAGUGUCACUUUUGCUUCAGACGCGGCGGUCAGCUUUGAUCGCUGCGUCUGAAGGGUUAAUACAGGGCGAUCGGUGAUGUCCUGUAUUAGCCGCGGGUCCCGGCCGUUGAUGGCCGCAGGGACUGCCGCGAUAGGACAGAUUUUAAUGUGUAUUUGCCGUAUAAGGGGGAAGAAAAAGUGCGUCUUAUACGGCGAAAAAUACGGUAUAUCCACCUCUGCAGCCAGUUAUUUCUUUAAUGCUUUUAAAAUGAAACCUUUUUGCAAUUGAUCUUGAUAAAAAAAAAAUAUUUACUAUUGUGUGUUUAUACCCUCAACGUCAUCAUUGUUACUGGCUACAAACAAAAUCCAUAUCGUCUGAUCCUGUAGUCAUCCGCUGGAGAUUCUUCAAGCAUUCGUAGUUAUGUGUAAAAUUAUGAUAUGUUCCCUAGCAGACAAGUACCAGGUUACUAAGACAUACAGAAAUUUCCUUGUGAGGCCCAAGUUCUUUGGUUGUUAUGUUUGAUUGUCUAUUAGGCUACAGUGAACCAAAAAAUCAGAUGCAUCUUCCAUAGGAAUUGCAGUCCCAUGCAACUUCUAUUACUGUCCCUUAAGAAAAAAAUGCCUGUGAUUUUGCAGAAAUUUCCAGUAGGUGUGUAUUUCUGGUAACAUUCAUCAAAACGUGUGCUGGGGAAAUGUUGACCAGUUGCCCAUAGCAACCAAGCAGAUCACUUAUUUUAUUUUUCAGAGGCCUUUUAAAAAAUGAAAUAAGCAUUCUGGUUGCUAUGGGCAACUGGUCAAAUUUUCCUCAGCACAGGUUUUGAUAAAUCCACAGUGUACGUGACAUCCACACAGCAGGCCUUGCAAGGGGGCAUCAGAGCAGUGGCAGCUGAUAUAAAGGGAUUAGAAUUUUGUUAUCUCUAGUAUACUGUAUUUUAUGUUCUAGUUUUGUAUUGUAGAAAUACAAUUUAGUUUGGCUUUUUUGUGUGAUGAUUUUUAGUUUUUUUUCUCAACUUUUUUAUUUUCUAUGAAUGGUCUUUAUUCAAACUGAUUCCCAUUUCUCCUUUUAUUAACUUUUUUGUUAUAGUUUUUCUUAAAUUCAUCUAAUUUUAUCAUUUUAUUUUUUUUGCUAUUAUUUCCUGCCUUCUUGUCAUACUCCUUUUUAUGCACUUAUUUAGCAGAUUUUUUUCACAGUCUGUAUGCUGUCACGCUUGCUGAUGCCUUCAUAUGUCAACAGUUGCACAAUAUUACUUGGCACUGUAGAUACAAAUUUAUAUUGACAAUAAUGUGAUCGCAUCUGUAAGGAGCACAGUAUUGUUACCUAAAACUGUGCCUGAUAGUGGAAAUGCAAAAAGAUUAGACUCUCAACCUUCGAACUGACCAAAAGGACUGAUCAUAGUUUUGCCUCCUUACAAACAGCUAAUAUAUGAAUGCCACAUCUGCAUAACAUACAGAACACUCAUACCACAUAUAGUAGUUUCCUUCUCAUCUAUUUGCUUUAGGGUAUGUUAACACAGCAUAAAAUUGACUGACUGUGCCCAUAUUACACUGUAUUCUGAUAACAUAUAUUCUUAAAUUUAUAUUCAUUUGCACUGUGUGCUCGGAGAUGUGCAUAUUAUUUAGUAUUGGUGUGACACUUUUCUGGGCCAAUGAGCCAAAAUUCAGCAGUAAAGUAGGACGUGCUGGCAUGGUUGUGUGUGUUCUUGUGUUUUCUUUAUUUUUUAUUAUGGGUACUUUAAAGUAACGUAGCUUAAAACUUGUGGGAGGUUAGACCCAUGAGGGUGAAAACAUUUUGGAUGUAUGUGCAAUAAAAUCAUAUUGCAGGGAUGUUGGAUCACUCAUUUUGUGUUCUUAUUGACUAUACCUCUAGAUAUUCAGAUUCCUGUACAUGCCGCAUCUCUUUCAAUUCCCUGAAUUCUCCUUUUUAGCAUAAUAGUUGUUUCUCUGUUAUCCUCAUGCCAAAACUACUGAAAACAGUGAAGUUAUAGGAGUAAACUUUUUGUUUACCCGUGUGCAUAUUAUUGUAUUGUGAAGUUUCUUGUUUGUUUGUUUUUUUCUUACCACUUUUGAGUAUUCAUGUCAUGUGUUUUUUAGUGGAUGUCUAGUUAAGUUAACAAAAGAAAGGAUAUGGCUGCGUGAUAGUAGCAUAAGGCCACAUCCAUACAAGGCACAGUAAAACUGAAUGCUGUAUUAGAAAGCUCCAUCCACACUUUCUGGGUUAUUCAGUAUGAAUUUGCAGCCAUGAUGCUGACUUUUAAAUCCGUAUCAUGCUCUCUUCUUUUGAAAAAUACCCUCAGAAAUGCCUUGUAUUGUUUCCAUUGGAUUAAAGGGAACCUGACAUCACUUUCAUGCUGACUAAACCAUGAGUCACUGGCGGCUUCUCCCUACCCCACCAGCCUUGAUUAAUAGAUCUCUCCCUGUUUGGGUAUAGGUAGAGAUCUAUCAAUGAAGGCUAGAGGCGCAGGGAGAAGCCACCAGGGUCCACAUUGAUGACUCAUGGUUCUGGUAGCAUAAAAGCUACCAGGGGUACUCCACUGGCCAGCGUUCGGAAGUAAAUGUUUCGAAUGCUGGUUUCACGCUGCCGGGGUCGGUCUUUCCCCUACUGACAUCAUGGC